AUGCCCCCCGCGCUCAACCGGUCGUCGUCGGCAGCGGCAGCGGCGGCGAACGCCAAGAUGUAUUCGGCGCAGGGGCCGCACGUGGUGGGGCUGGACGAGAUCGAGGCGCUCAAGGCGUCGGCCAACAACCUUUUCGUCGAGGGCAAGUUCGGCCAAGCCAUCAUCGGCUACAGCUACGCCAUCAAGCAGAUGGCGGGGCUCAUCGUGCCGUCCGCGCGCCGCGCCAGCACCAAUCUCGACAGCCCCUCCGCCGUCGCCAGCGCCGUGCGCGACGCCAAGCCCGACCCGCGCACCGCGCAGCUCGCCGCGAUCUUAUACAGCAACCGCGCUGCGGCCUACUUGAAGCUUGAGAAAUACGACAAGGUGAGUUAUUGCUUGCUUGCGGUUCUUCUGACCUAUCCGCAUUCCUCCUCUCCCCCACCCUGCGUGGCGGGGCCCACCCAACAGGCGGCGGUGGAUGCGGGGGCGGCGGCGGGGAUAGACGCGAGCAACUUCAAGGCGUGGCUGCGCAAGGCCAUGGCGCACAAGGAGCUAGGGCAGUGGUACGACUGCCACGUGGCGUGCAAGGCCGCCCUGCGCCUGGAGCCCGCCAACGAAAACGCGAGGAGCCUGUUUGAGGAGUCGCAGUUCAAAAUGGGGUCCGUGCCGCAGCACCCCGCCCCCCAGCCACAGGCAGCGCCGGCGCCACAGCCCUCGUCAAAGAGGUUCGGCUUGUUUGGCAGAAGAUGA